UGCCGGUUAUCAGCAUUUCUCUCUUCAUGAGCUGUCAGAGCACUGAUGAUCAGUCCUCAGCAGCGCCGCCUGUCAGUGUCCAUCAGUGCCAGCUCUCAGUUCUCAUCCAUGCCACCUGCCAGCGCCCAUCAGUGCCACAUCAGUGCCACAUUUCAGUGCCACAUCAAUGCCACAUAUCAGUGCCCAUCUGAGCUGCCUUUCAGUGUCACCCAUCAGUACAAGUCAGUGCCACCUAUCAAUGCCAAUCAGUGCCAGUCAGUGCCACCUACCAGU